AUGUCCAACGACCUGAGAAUUCUGUGCAGUGAUUCAUCCCUAGUGCUGAGUGAGUACCAGGACCAGCAGUUUAGUGGCAACAAUGAGUAUGAAAAAUUAUUGAUGGAAAGGUCCACACUCUAUGUGGGGAAUCUUUCCUUUUAUACAACUGAAGAGCGAAUAUUCGAGGUCUUUAGCAGAUGCAGUGAUGUUAAGGCUGUAUUUAUGGGCCUGGAUAAAAUAAAAAAAAUGACAUGUGUUUUUUGUUUUGUAGAAUACCAUAACAGAGCUGAUGCCCAAAAUGCCAUGUGAUUCCUAAAUGGAACCCAUUUAGAUGACUAUAUUAUCUGCACAAAUUGGGGUCUAGGCUUUAGAGAGGGCAGACAAUAUGAUUGUGGCCCAUCUGGGGGCCAGGUCAGAGAUGAGUUUCGUGAAGACUUUGAUACUGGUAGAGGAGGCUUUGGAAGACAGGCUCAGGCCUGUGAUAGGAGAGGAAUCCGCUAG